AUGAUCGUAUUACAUUGGCUUAAAAAGUCGCCUCAGGUUUUAAAAACGUUUGAAGCCAAUCGCAUCGCUGAAAUUCAAAAUGUCAGCGGCGACAUAGAAUGGCAUCAUAUAAAUUCUGAACAGAAUCCUGCCGAUGCAUUGUCACGCGGUCAGAUGCCUUCCGACUUAUUGAAAAACAACUUAUGGUUCGAGGGGUCACCGUGGCUUCAAGAACCCGAACAUUUUUGGCCUUUAAAUAAGUUUGAACCAGUCAAUGAGUUACCUGGCUUAAAGAAAAAUGUAUGUUUAGCGUUAAACGUUCAGACAAACAUAUUUUCGGGUUUUUCCGUGUAUACGAGAAUGUUACCGGUUAUCGCAUAUUGUCGCCGAAUGCGCCGUCCGAAUCCGUAUAAAGACCACCUUUGUGUACAGGAGAUCGCGGAAUCAGAGAGACAAAUUAUAAAGAUCAUACAGGCGGAACAAUUUGAUAACGAAAUUAGUCAAUUAAAGAAUGGAGAACAUAUUAAAAAUUCUCGAUUAGCCAAUCUCAGUCCAUUUAUAGAUGAAAACAGUUUGGUGCGCGUCGGUGGACGUUUGAAAAACGCAAACAUUAGUUUUGCACAAAAACACUCGAUCUUGUUACCAUCUCGUCAUCACGUUACCGAUCUUAUCAUUCGGGCAACGCAUGAAAGGACUUUCCAUGCGGGAAUUCAAAAUACGUUGUACAUACUACGACAACGUUUUUGGCUAUUGAACGGAAAGAAUCAAGUGCAAAAGGUCAUCCGGCGAUGCUUACGUUGUUUUCGUUUUCGACCUAUCGCGAGUCAACCUAAAAUGGCAGCUUUACCAAAGUCACGAGUUGAGGAAGUCGCGGUUUUCACAAACGUAGGAAUCGACUUUUGUGGGCCGUUUUUUAUCAAAGAAAAGAAAAAACGAAACAAGGUCCGUCUUAAGGCAUACGGAUGUAUUUUCGUAUGCAUGCCAGUCAAGGCUAUACAUAUUGAAGUCGUAUCUGAUUUGUCAACCGAUAGCUUCUUAGGCGCAUUGAGACGAUUCGUUGGCCGCAGAGGCGUCCCGACUAAUAUUUAUUCAGAUAAUGGCACAAAUUUUGUCGAAGCGAACAAUCAAUUGCAUGAGGCAUAUGCGCUAUUACAAUCUGGCGAAUUCAAAAACUAA